CGUCACUAACUGACCAUGACCUUCCUCUCGUCUGUCACGUAGUCGUGUGUGUAGACGAGGCACACGAAUGAUUGUGCAAUGUAGGAAUAGAGAAAUCACCUCGUACAACGACACAGUCUGUUUACUCUGGUUUUAGCAGGUUGAGUGGGAACAAUGGUGAAGUAUUUCAGCUGUACAGGCUGCCUGAAGAGCUCUUGGGACCAAGUGUUUCUGGCCUUCUGGCAGAGAUACCCCAACCCUUACAGUAAUCAUGUUUUAACGGAAGACAUCAUAUUCCGGGAAGUUACUCCCGACAACUGCCUGAUGUCCAGACGUCUCUUGACCAAAACCAGCCGGGCCCCUCGCUGGGCGGAGAGGUUUCUGCCCGCACACAUGGCCCAGAAGGCCUACAUCAUCGAGGACUCAGUGGUGGAUCCUCAGGGCCGGACCAUGACCACCCUCACCUGGAACAUCACCCACGCUCGAGUGAUGAGCGUGCAGGAACGGUGUGUGUAUAAGGUGAACCCUGAGAACAGCAGCUGGACGGAGAUCCAGAGAGAGGCCUGGGUUUCCUCCAGACUGUACGGCCUCUCUAAAGCGGUUCAGGAAUUCGGACUUGCCCGGUUUAAGAGCAACGUUACCAAGACCAUGAAGGGCUUUGAGUUCAUCCUGGCCAAGAUGCAGGGUGAAGCUCCCGCACGGACGCUAGCUGAGACCGCGACAGUGAAGGCUCGUGAGACUGCGCUCGCGGCUAAAGUGAAAGCUAAGGAUCUAGCCUCUCAAGCGCAGAAGAAGCAGUAUGUAUGAUGAAGAAACACACGCUCUUCCAGCGCUGACGGCUCGUGUCAUUCCCGCACAUUUGGACACGAGGGGCAUUAUCCUCUGGAUCUCGUAUGGAUUUAGUGAAACCAACGUGCUCUUCGACUGAAACCUCCCGUGACCUCGGUUUCAUCGAGUCAGAUUUUACAUGAGACUUUGCAUUGUUUUGAUUGCUAAUUUAAUUUUUCAGAUUUUGUUGUACUUCCAUCAUUAUCUCCUUGAAUCUUCAUGUUCACUCAAUGUGAUUUGCUGCUUCAAAUUGAAGUUCUAUCAUUGACGGUCCACAGUUCCAGCAGUCAUUGCCGGCGACAUUACAAGUGAUUCAUUGUGAAAAUAAUGAAUGAUUACGGCUUGUGAAAGUCGUCUCAGAAUGCCUGAUUUCGAGUGUUUGAAACAAGAAAUGCAUUUAAUGCAAAGGAGAGAGACAAGGUUUUAUAACUCUUAACAAUUGUUUGUGUUCAACCGUUAUCACCAAUAAAUAUUUUCUAUAUAUCUGA